AUGUUUCUACUUCUUGCUAUCAUGUUAUCAGGUGUACUGGGUCAGCAAUCAUGGUUCUUGCUACCAAUAGAAUCAUCUCAAAGUCAACAUUUACAAAAUACUUCAAUUUUUACAUCACAUCCUCAGAAAGUAUCUGUCUUAACACAAUUGCAAAUACAAAAUUAUCAAAGAAAUUUUGAAAAAAAUUUAUUAUCAACAAUUCAUAGGCGUCAACAACAGAAGCAAACACAACAAUUAAUUUCACAUUUGAAUAAUAAACAAAUGCUACGAUAUGAAAAUAAUAUGCGACAUCGAGAUUUGCCUAUUGCAUCAAGAGUAAAUCAAAAAGUGAUAAAUGAAACUCGAAAUAUGGGUUUACUCAUAACAAAUAAACAACAACAACAACAACAACAGAAUCCUUCAAGAUUCAAGCAUCUACCAUCUCCACAACGAUUUGUACUACCGCAAGUCUUAGAACAAAUAUCUGAUAUCCGGCCUAAAAUACGACCACAGUUGCCUAUUCUAGCAAUUGUCAAGCCAUCUAGGCCAAGAGUUCCAAUGCAAAAAUUUGUGCCCCAGAAAUUAGCACAGAUCAGUAGCCUCAAUAGAAGAAUUCAUGAACCAGUUUUAGCAUCUUCAACAAUACUAAUACCCACUCAUACAUCACUAAAACGAGAAGAUCAACAAUCUGCGACAAUUCUGGAAAAUACUAAUGAAAUUCCAUUUAGUGCUAAUGAUGCAUUCUUAGAAUGUUGCAAAGAAAAAAAUGUUGAUGCUAAAUGUGAAUCACGGUGCAAUUUUGAUAUUUUGGAUCGUCGAGUGCUUACGGCAAUGUUUAUUGGCUCAGAUCCAUGUCCCCGAAAUAAUGGCCGGAGUUUAUUGUCAUGUGCUGCUCAGGAUUCCGAUCACACUAACUGUUGUCGUGCAAACGGUGUACAACAAACAGCUGCUGGUGACAAAUGUUUAGGAUUUUGUCAAAUGACUCCCGAAUCUAAUUUCCAGGCAGAUGUAAGUAUGUUGCCAUGUUGGAGCGUUCUCAAAGAAAUCAAACAAUGCUUUCGUCUUAGUCUUAUUGAAAAGCGCAAUAUAAAGGAAGUAUAA